GUCCAUUGGGUCCCAAAGCCUCAGACACAAUGGAGCACAUGAGAACAUUCACCUACACCACAAUGCCAGGUUGUAAAAAUCCGACUUCUUGUGGCACUUUCAGAUGGGCUUCUUUCACUUAAUAAAACGCAUGGAAUGAUUGUCCAUGUAUUUCAUACCUUGAAAGCUUAAUAUAAGAAUGCUUAAUAUCGCUGUCUGCAAAGAGGCGUCCCGGCGGAGACUGAGAGACCAGAGGCACGCGGCUGCCCCUCCCCGCCGCGCCCGCUCCGCCCUCGGCGGUGUGAGUUCGAGGAGGCUGCGGUGCCCGCCCCCCGGCCCGGCCCGGCCCGGGGUUGAGACGGGCAGCAGGUGCCUGUGAAGGCGGGCGGGUGCUGGGGGCCUGCAGCAUGGAGGAAAGCAUGGAAGAGGAGGAGGGGGGCAGCUACGAGGCGAUGAUGGACGACCAGAACCUCAACAACUGGGAGGCCGCCGUGGACGGCUUCCGGCAGCCCCCGCCGCCUCCGCCACCCCCGCCUUCGAUCCCAGCCCCUGCCCGAGAGACUCCCGGGGGUCAGCUGCUGGCGAUGCCUGCGGUCUCCGUGGGCAGAAAAGGCCCCAAGGCGGGGCUUCCGAUGGGGCCGCCGCUGCCGCCGGAGGCCAGUGGGGUGAUCAUGAUGUUGAAGAGCGGCGACGCGGCCUCCGUGGCCGAGGCGGCCCCCGCCCCCACCCCCGGCUCCACCAUCAACAUCCACACCUCCACCUCCAAGUUCUGAUCCCAACACAGAACAGCAUUCCACUGGGAAUCCCUUAUACCAGUGCCUCCCCGUGUUGGUCUUUCACAAAGGGAAUAUGUUCAACAUUGAAACUGACAGAACAGUGUUGAGAAUUCGUCAUGCUCUAUAGAA